AUGGCGGACGCUGUUGCCGAUGCUGCUGCCAAGCUCCAGCUAGGUGGUGGAGCCCCGGCCGAAGGCGGUGCGAAGCUCCAGCUUGACGAGGAAACCGGCGACUGGGUAUCCAAGGGCGAGCUAAAGAAGCGGUUGGCGAAACGGGCGAAGAAGGCUGCCAAAGAAAAGAACAAAGACGCGGUCAAGGAUGCGCCGGCUGCGUCUAAAGCCGCCCAGGAGGGUGCUGCGCCGAAAAAGCCGAAGGAGAAGGUCGAAGAGGCUCCAAUCGACACCGAUGCCAUGUUCAAGCAGGGCUUCCUUAACGAUGUGUACAACGAGCGGCCUGAGAAGGCCGUGUUUACACGGUUUCCCCCUGAACCCAAUGGGUUCCUUCACAUUGGUCAUGCCAAGGCUAUUGCGGUCAACUUUGGGUUUGCGAGAUACCAUGGUGGCAAGUGCUACCUUAGAUUCGAUGACACGAACCCCGAGGCGGAAGAGGAGGUCUACUUCACUGCGAUCGAGGAGAUGGUCCGCUGGCUCGGAUUCGAACCCUACAAGAUCACCUACUCCAGCGACAACUUUGACAAGCUGUAUGAGCUAGCCGAGCAACUGAUUAAGCUUGAUAAGGCCUAUGUCUGUCACUGUGGUGAUGAGGAGAUCAAGCUCCAGCGGGGCGGUGAAAAGGGGACAAGCCCGCGAUACCGAUGCAAGCACGCCGAGCAGUCUGCAGACGAAAACCUUCAGAAAUUUCGGGACAUGCGCGAUGGGAAGUACAAGCCAAGGGAAGCGUUUCUGCGCAUGAAGCAGGAUAUCACCGAUGGCAACCCCCAAAUGUGGGAUCUUGCCGCAUACCGCGUGUUGGACAAGCCUCACCACAGGACGGGGUCAAAGUGGAAGAUCUACCCUUCCUAUGACUUCACUCACUGCUUGUGCGAUAGCUUCGAAGGCAUCACUCAUUCGUUGUGCACCGUCGAGUUCUUCCUGAGCAGGACUUCCUACGAAUGGUUGAACAAGCAGCUCGUCGAGUUCCAGCCCAUGCAAAGGGAAUACGGCCGACUGAGCAUCCAGGGAUCCGUGCUUUCCAAGCGGAAGUUGAAGGAGCUAGUGGAAAAGAAGAUCGUGCGCGGCUGGGAUGACCCGCGCCUUCACACCCUGAUAGCCGUACGCCGGAAGGGUGUCCCGCCCGGGGCUAUUCUCGAGUUUGUGAACGAGCUCGGUGUGACGACUACCAACAGCAUUAUUCAGAACUCCCGGUUCGAGCAGACCAUCCGGCGGUACCUCGAACGGACGGUUCCAAGACUGAUGCUCAUCCUCGACCCGAUCCCCGUUGUGAUCGAAGACGCCGACGAGUUCGACGGAACCGAGCUCACGGCCCCUUUCUCACCCAAGAACCCCGCCAUGGGCGAGCACAAGAUCAAGUUCACCAAGACUGUGUACAUUGACCGUUCCGACUUCCGCGAGGUUGACAGCAAGGACUACUUCCGCCUGGCUCCGGGCAAGACUGUUGGCCUCCUGCAGGCGCCCUUCCCCAUCAAAGCUACCAGCUUCACCAAGGACGAGGCGUCGGGCAAAGUCACCGAGAUCCGCGCCGUGUUCGACCGCGAGAUAAAGAAGCCGAAGACCUUCAUCCAGUGGGUAUCUGCCGGCGAAAGCGCGGGGUCUCGCAAGUGCGAGGUGCGCUUGUACAACCCGCUGUUCAAGUCGGAUAACCCGGCUGGCGUGGAGGGCGGGUACCUGAACGAUCUCAACCCGGAAAGCGAGAUUGUCUACCCCGACGCCGUGAUUGAAUCUGGGUUUGAUGAAGUCAGGGCUCGGGCGCCGUGGCCUGAAGCCGCUGGGGAGGACAAGCUCGGUAAGGGUGGGCCGGAGUCUGUUAGGUUCCAGGGAAUGCGGGUUGCGUAUUUUGCUAUGGACUCGGACAGCACGGAUGACAAGAUCGUGCUGAACCGGAUAGUGUCGCUGAAGGAGGACAAGGAGAAGAGCUAG